UAACUAAAUAUUUAAAAUUCUCUUUACAUAUUCGGCAUGUAAGUAUCAAAAUUUUUGUUCAAAUGAAGCUGGGCCCAGCUUUAAAACAGAGGCUUCGGGGUGUCGCAGCUGCGCUGCAUUUGCUGACACCCCGCAGCCGCAAACAAAGUCCGAUGCGUAAAAUAGCCGCCAGAGUUGCAUCGGAAAGUUGCCCAGAAUUGCAGAAGUGUGCCACAAGCAUCGCCAUCCGGGAGCCGUAUGCCAUUCUGCAACACUGGCUGACGGUGGCUCUGAAUGAGGAGCCACGGUGCGAGCCUCGCAUGGCCUGUUUGGCCACCGUGGAUAUGGCCGGGCAGCCUGUCACGCGAAUGACCAACGUCGAGCAGAUAAAUGCCGCUGGGCUAACAUUCUAUACGACGCUGGGCAGUCGCCUGACGGGCGAGAUCACCCACAAUCCUCAUGUGUCGCUGCAGUUCUUUUGGCCGCACAUGAGACGCAGUGUACACAUUGCCGGACAUGUCAGUCCCGUGUGCGCUCUGCAGGCACAGCUGCAGUUCGCCCGAUAUCCGCGUGAAGUACAGCUCAGCAUGCACGGCAUACCAAGCAGAAAAAGCGGCAUCUACGGCAGGAUCAUGGAGUAUUUCGCCAAUCACUUCAGAAAUGAUCGGUUGCAGGAAGUGCCGGUACCACGCGAUUGGGGCGGUCUUCUACUGUGCCCGACUUUUUAUGAGUUUUCUCAGGUGGACCCCGAGGCGCCGGGCAGGCGGUGCAUGCGUUUUCGACGCUGCCUCACGCUGCCACGGGGUAUGAGAAAUGAAACAUGCAAUGCGGAUCGUUAUGAUUGGGUCUUUGACAGCUGCACCGACCAUGAUAGCUGCAUAAUUUAAGCCAAGAUAUAAAUGCCUUUGUGUAAUACAAAAUA